AUGGCUGAGCACGCUCGCGAAGAGCUUGUCAACACUUUCAAAGGGCAUCAGCAAGCAACAAGUGCCAAAGCCGAUCUCUCCGAGGACCAUCCAGACAUUGUUAAGCGGCUUGUCAAGUAUCUUUACCAAGGCGAAUACGAUUCCGAGAGAACCGAUAGGACACCUGCUGCAGUCGACUUGCCUGCCGUGAAACUCCUCCUUCACGCCAAGAUGUACGAAAUGGGCGACAAGUACGACGUUAAGGGUCUCAAGGAUCUGGCCCGCAUCAAAUUCACCUCUAUCUGCGCGCCAUUGUGGGACGAUGAGGUCUUCGCUGAAGCUGCAGAACACGCCCUCAACACAACACCGGAUACCGAUGUUGGAUUGCGAGAAGUGAUUCGCGAGACCAUCGUGGCCCACAUCGAGCUGCUCAACAAGCCCGAGAUUGCGGCUUUGCUGAGUAAACACACUGGCUUCAUGUUUGGUGUUCUGAGACGCGUGGCUGAAGAGAAGGCGGGCUUGCAGCCAGUGACUGGACUGUUGUCGGAUCGCCGUCGCCGUCGUUAUUGA